AUGGAUCGCCGUCAGUCACAAGCAUGUCUGAAAGUGACGGACACAUUGAAUUUCGGUAUCGAUAGGAUACUGAAUACUAACACUGACUCGGAUCGAUCGAUGAAUAAAAAAGAAAAGUGUACCGGUAGAGCUGUGUUCACGGUCACUCAAAAGAAUUGGUUAGAAUAUUAUUUCCAAAUGGAAAAAUACAUUACCAAACAAAACAGAAAAAUAUUGGCUUCCAGUCUUGGACUUACGGACUUGCAGGUAAAAGUAUGGUUUCAGAAUAGAAGGAUGAAAUGGCGGCAUACCACAGCUGCAACGUCUUUAAAUAAAUAGAAUUCAAACAAUUUGUAUUAAUUUUCAUUUAAUAGUAAAAAAUUACAAGUAUAUAUACCAUGUGGCAUGUAUGAUAGUAUGUACUAUACCUAAGUCAUUAUUCAUUAAUAAAUAAUAAUACAUUUUAUACACAAUAUUUUUUUUUAUAAUUUAGUGCAAGAUAUAAUAUUAUACUGGUACUUAAUUACUAAUCACUGCGAGUGGCCUUCUAAAAAUAUACUACCAAUUAUAAUUCGUCCUUAUUAUCUAAUUUUGAUCAAAAAUGAAAUGAUGACAUUAUACUGCAAUCGUAUUCAAAAAUAUUAUACAAAUAUUUACCAAAAUAUAUGUUGUAUAUUAUACUUUCAUAACAAUACGCUAGCGUUAAGUGUACGUAUUAUGACACGUGUCAAUAAUAUAAUAUUAUGCCGAUGAUGGUAAAUAUAAUAUACUGACGGAAAUUAAGAAUAACG